AUGGGAUCAGUUCUGUUACCUCAAACAGAAUCGUCACAUUCAUACCAGUCGACCUCUCGGGCGCUACUUUAUUCAUCUUCAGAGCCCGGCUACACUAGAUUCAACUAUAUUGGAAGCUCCCUAGGCUCCCAAGACAGUCGUGCGCAAUCGGCAUCAACGAGACGCAACGAAUAUUUAGCCCAUGGACAGCGAACUCUCAUCGAUAGUGUGGGACAUCAGGAAUAUCGCAUAUCUUCAGGGCCUACUUCAUCGCAUCAAUCCGCUAUAAACUUGCCACAAUUAUUGUAUGCUCCAAGAGAAACUUAUGGCAGAACCAACGCGCAACCUAGACCGGAGCAGGACGAUUUUGCCGAUAGAAACCAGUCUUGCAUUAGGCCGGAGCAGGGUGUGCAAAGAGACAUUGGGAACUCCAACAGCCGCCCACGCUCGUUUAUCAUGAUACUAAGAGAAAAGAAUACGAGACGACGGCUUGUCACGCUUACCACAUCUGCUCUGUUCCUAACCCUAGCCCUUUCUCUUUAUGUUGCCUUCACUGUCUCUAAAUCGCAUCUAGGCCACGAACUUCAUAUACUCUUGAUAUUUAUUAUUCUGAUCCUUGCCAUUGUCUUUUGUCAUUCCCUCAUCCGAGUUUCUAUGGUGACCUUGCGAGGUUCAAGAUCUACUAUGGCUAUGAAUCGGAUACCAAGCAGGGCAGGGCCAACUGGCUACGCUCAGCCAGAACGUCCCAUUCAUGUCAUUCUCCUCCGGGACGAGGAGAAUUUGACUCAAAACAAUGGUGCGAGCCAGGAGAAGGUCACGCCCCCGCCUCCAGCGUAUGGCCUCUGGAGAAGUAGCGUAAGAAUUAAUCCAGACCUACUCCAUUGGCACCGCGUAGACGGCGAUACCACCACUUUACCGCAGCACGCAAAUAAGACCCAAGGUUUGGGCGGCAAGGUGCCAUUACCACGGCCUCCCAGCUACACUUCUGACAAUGGCAUCGACUAUGUGAUUGAAGCCCAACCCCGAUCGCUUACCCAAGGCCCUUCUGCUGAAUGGUCAGGGCGUCAAUGA